AGUACAUAGAAUAUAAUACAAUUUUUACCCUGUGCCUAACAUUCUCCAACUUUUUUCCCCUGUUGUGGGCCCGCUCGUACAACUAUCAAACGAAAGAGUUCAUCCAGUGCGGCAGUAGAGCACCGUACCAAAAGCUCCAACACAUAUAGUAGAUCGUCAUGUCCACCUCAACACCAUCACUCACGGACGAGGACGGUGUGAUCGAAACCCCACGGCACACAUCCCCGGCCAAGGUGCUCGGGCGGGAACCGCCGGGGUCCCACGUACAUUUGAUCACCGAUAUGCAUUGCAAAAGUAUCUUCGUACUCGUAUUGCAAGCUAUCAUGCAUCACAAAUCGUUUUUUUAGGGUAAAUCAGCAUUACAAAUUUUAUGCCUAAUGCUGCCUGAGGGAAUUUGUAUAUGCAAAUAUACGAGUUCGAGUGCGAUACUUUUGCAGUUCAUAACCGAUGUGGUACAGCAAUUUGUUGGCAGGGAGAUCCGCCGGGAUUUGCGGCCCUGGUGCGUGGUGGCCCGGAUCGGCGAAAGGAGCGGGUGGUCGUGGAGCUACAAUUAUGAGCGAUCCGGUGUGAUCACUAUGCAUUGCAAAUAUGUUGUAGUCUGCGUGUAGAAAUAGAAAUUUGUGUUGCUGAUACCCGCAUCACAGCGUAGCCGCUUGUACGGCAUAACAGCAUCAGAAAGUUUUCAGGCUUGCAGUAGAUGCAUUCCUCAAGACGCAUGACAAACUGGCUUCCAGCAGCACGACAAAAUAAGAACUGGCGAUGCAUAGAAUUCCCGCAUCACAGAUCUUAUGGCGUCCUUCACAUCUUGCAUCACAAAUCCAGAGUAGAACCCAGACAUGUAUUUGCAAUGCAUAACCACCUGCUACAACCAGUUUACCAAGCGCCCGGGCGGCUCGGUAGCCGUCACGCCACUCUUUGUCGUUCACUACGUGCCCAUAUGAGAGUGCGCAACUCGUCCCCCUCCCCCACAUUUGUCAUGCAAAGUACCUAAUUUACGCCUUGGCUCUUUGCACUGUUUGCAUGACAAGUUCGGGCUUCCUGACCACAGUCCUGUCUAAAUUUGUCAUGCAAAAAUUGUAUUCUUGCUGAUGCUUGUAUUGCUGUUCAUGCAACAUCACAAAUGAGGGGGAUGGGGACGAGUUGUGCACUUUCAUAGCCCACCGGCAUCGCAAACGAGGCCGUGGAAAAAUACGCGGACAUACGGGCGCACGUGUGCCCCGAGAACGAGGUGAUCGCCUUUACCAGUGCCCGGGCCUGCGUAUGGGGUUCUCGAGAAUUGCAUUCUCAACUUUUACAUGCCUUCAGUUUGUCAUGCAAAAUUGCCAUCAAGAUUUACAUGAUCAGGCCGCUUCGCAUGACAAGUUCUCAAAGCGCUACACGGCAUUCGAAUCUGUGAAAAACCUGUAAUGCAUAGCGCGCAAGUAGCUUCCCAUUUCCGCUUUUCUUUUCUCUAUUCUUGCAUUACAGAUUCAUGUAACAGUUGAGAGUGGAACGUUUGAGAACUCCAUACUGUGCGAUCUACCUGAAGAAGUGGGCGGGAAUAGAAACUCCAGAGAUGGUCAGCAGAAAGAUGGUAUCAAAUGUAAAAAUGUCUGGGUCUGGAAGAUUGCCAGGUUUGUCAUGCACAUUUUGCAUGACUCCUGAUGUCUGUGCUGCAUGCCCUAGCGUCACAGAUUUUGUGAGGGCUUCCUGAUGCCUAUACCGCAUGACAAAUGCUCUUUCCGUGUAGCAAAACUUGGACCCUCUUUGUUGCUCAUGCAAUACAGAUUUUUUUAGAAUCCAAAAUCAGCAUUACAAGUUGGAUUCUUCCAGACCCAGACAUUUUUACAUUUGAUAGAUGGACUUGAGUAUGGAAGGGAGAAGGGGAAUGAUUUUCAUUUUGUCUUCAUAAUGGCCACGCGUGAAGAUUAUGAUUGAUAAAUCAGGAGCAGGACAAGAAACCGUUCUUUCGUGUCCUCCUGCAGAAUGGAAUUUGUCACGCGAAAGAGCUUGUUGCGACAAAAUCAAAAAACCCAUCGUGAUACAAAAAUAAAAAUCCUUUCUCCCAUCCAUAGUAAGCGUGAAGCAUCUCGUGGAGCGCAGCAAACCCUGUCUGUUUGGCGAGACCAUUCUGGCUAUCAAAUGCGAAUAUGUCUGGGUCCUCUGGAAGAUUGCAAGUUUGUCAUGCUUGUCUCACAUGACUCUUGAACCUGUCAUGCGGGAGCAGGAAAAGAGUCUCUCGACGCCUAAAAUGUAGCUCGUCAUGCGGAAUAAAGCGAAACAACCACAAAGGAGCCCAGAAACUUGUCAUGCGUGGCUGCCUAUUGGAGUGCUGCCCUCACAAUUCGUAAAUUAGCAUCACAAGUUUCGGUUUCCAGACACAGACAUAUUUGCAAUGCAUUCUGGCGGCAGAAAUCGAAGGGAGCAUGAAGAAACACAAGUGGCAGCAACUGCAUAUGGCGCUCUCAAGCGUUGCGUUCUCAACGGUUCUUGCAUGGGUUUGUAGUGCAAGACCAUCAAAAUUUGCCGGGGACAUUUUGCGCCUCUUGCAUUACAAAUUGGGAACAGAUAAUAUCCAUGCUAUUUACCCCUUCCAGAAUUUUCCAUGCGUGCCAGCUUCAUCCUCGUGUGGAGUAGACUGAUGGCAACUCUGCAUUGCAAAAAUCAUGCAAGAGUUGAGAAUAAAACGCUUGGGAAGAACUCCAUACUGCAGACAGAGAUGAUCAUCGAAACACUGGAGAUCGUAUCCUGUGCAAAAGUACCGUACUCGUAGUAAUUGCGAACAUGCAUUACAAAUCUCCAUCCCAAGGUAAAACAGCAUGACAAAUUCCACUUGUCACGCUGAGGUAAUUUGUAAUGCAAGUACUACUAGUACGAUACUUUUGCACAGCAUAGAUUGUCGAGGCAGCACGGGACGUGCGGGCGGAAUGAUUUGUUUCGUCGAGGCUGCAGUGGAGGGUAAGAAAAUACGUGUGGGUUGAAUUUGUAGCUCCAUUCACGUAGGCGUAGGCCUCCAGCUGUCCAGCUAGAAGAAAAAAUGAUCCAACCAUUCCGGGGGAGCACAUUGAUAAUUAAUUAACACUACAGAAGUAUUCGUCCCCUCAAGAUCAAGACGGCGUUUUUAAUACUUCCAGAUCAUUUUUCUGCCCCUUGGUCCUGUCAGAAAGUUUUUCGUGAAAGUACCUACGGCGUUGAUGUACUGAAAUGAUCUUCUAAAGAACAGUGGUAUUGUACUUGUGGAAUCAUGGUAGGAGCAGUAGUAGAUGCAGCUUUGUACUACGGAUGAAAUACCUAAAGUACUAAUGUCACGUCUUUUAUCUGAAUCGUCCAUAUCCACUACGGCAGGAAAGAACGAAAAAAUGCCGUGCUUCGUACAUCAUUUUGAUUUUGAUUCCUUUCGUCCUUGUUGUGAAGACCUCUUACUGACUUCAUCGGUGCUGUAGAAUUGAUUCUGUAGAGCCAGC